UUCCUUUUUCCAUUCUAUGAAGCUCUCUCAGUCUUUCGCUUUCAUUCUGUUUUUGAAGAGCUGCUUAUGCAUUCUCUGGAUGCUUUCAGCUUAACUAAAACAAGCCAAACCGUUUUCUCCUUUCCCUGCAAAUCAAAUCGAGGGUUUGAGCUCUUUACCUAUUUCCAUAAACCCAAGCCAACGCUUUUGAGUUUUUCAAGUAAAGGAUGAAGCUAGCAAAAUUUGACUCGUUAGUGUCGCUGAGUCGACUUAGGCUGGUUCAGUUCUUGAUGGGGGUUUUGUUUCUUUACCUUCUCUUCAUAAGCUUCGAAAUCCCGCUGGUUUUCAAAACCACUUCGGCGGGCUUUUACACGGACGCAUUGCCGAGACCUUUGUUUCUAGAGAGCGAAGAGGACUUCACCGACAAAUCGGCGCCUGCUCGCCCGACCGAUGACCCGGAACUUGUCCGUCUAGCCGGAAGCAGGACGCCGCCGCGGAGAAUGUGGGAGUACAAGGAAGUAUCGGGUCUUCUUUUCAACGAAAGUUCUUUCGACAGCAACGAUUCUAAAGACGAGUUCUCGGUGCUCCACAAAACCGCACGACACGCCUUCGUUCUCGGCAAGAAACUCUGGGACGACCUACAAUCGCCUCAAAACAAGUCCGAUUCAGAACCCGAACGGCAAAAUCAAAAGCAAAAUCGAACCGGAUCGUGCCCGGAAUCAAUUUCCUUGUCCGGGUCGGAGUUCGUGAACCGGAGUCGGGUCUUGGUCAUCCCCUGUGGGUUAACAUUAGGGUCCCACAUUACGGUGAUUGGGAUGCCGCAUUGGGCGCAUGCAGAGUAUGACCCAAAAAUUGCAAUCUUAAAAGAAGGGGAUGAGUCAGUGAUGGUAACGCAGUUUAUGAUGGAGCUGCAAGGGUUGAAGACGGUUGAAGGCGAGGAUCCGCCGCGGAUUCUUCAUUUCAAUCCAAGGUUGAAAGGAGAUUGGAGCGGGAAGCCCGUGAUCGAGCAGAAUACUUGCUACCGGAUGCAGUGGGGAACAGCGUUGAGGUGCGAAGGGUGGAAGUCAAGAGCUGCUGAGGAAACAGUUGAUGGACAAGUUAAAUGUGAGAAAUGGAUUCGAGAUGAUGACAAUGGCUCUGAAGAAUCAAAGGCUACAUGGUGGUUGAAAAGAUUGAUAGGAAGAAAGAAUAAGGUGGCACUUGAUUGGCCAUACCCUUUUGCAGAGGGAAGGUUAUUUGUUCUCACAUUGAGUGCUGGAUUGGAGGGUUACCAUGUCAAUGUUGAUGGGCGCCAUGUUACCUCAUUUCCGUAUCGAACUGGAUUUGUGCUUGAGGAUGCUACUGGGUUAUCUCUAAAGGGUGACCUUGAUGUUCACUCUGUAUUUGCUGCUGCUUUGCCCACUUCACAUCCAAGUUUUGCUCCACAAAAGCAUCUUGAGAGGUUGAGUAAAUGGAAGGCGCCACCACUUCCUGAAGGGAACGUAGAGCUUUUUAUUGGCGUCCUUUCUGCUGGCAAUCAUUUUGCAGAGAGGAUGGCUGUGAGGAAGUCCUGGGUGCAACAUAAGUUAAUAAAGUCUUCAAAAGUAGUUGCUCGUUUUUUCGUAGCGCUGAAUGGAAGAAAGGAUAUAAAUGUGGAACUAAAGAAGGAAGCAGAGUAUUUUGGUGAUAUUGUUAUAGUUCCUUACAUGGAUAACUAUGACCUGGUUGUACUUAAAACAGUUGCCAUCUGUGAAUAUGGGAUCCGUACAGUGGCUGCAAAAUACAUUAUGAAGUGUGAUGAUGAUACAUUUGUCCGGGUAGACCCUGUGAUUAAGGAAGCAAAGAAGCUUGGAGGUAGAAGCCUGUAUAUAGGAAAUAUGAAUUACUACCACAAACCUCUGCGAAACGGUAAAUGGGCAGUAACGUAUGAGGAAUGGCCAGAGGAAGAAUAUCCUCCCUAUGCGAAUGGUCCGGGGUACAUAGUUUCAUCUGAUAUUGCGCAAUUUAUUGUGGAUGAGUUUGAGAAUCACAAGUUGCGACUAUUCAAGAUGGAAGAUGUGAGCAUGGGAAUGUGGGUGGAAAAAUUCAAUAGUUCAAAAGCAGUGGAGUACCAACACAGCUUGAAGUUUUGCCAGUUCGGAUGCAUCGAGGAUUAUUACACUGCGCAUUACCAAUCUCCGAGACAAAUGUUAUGCAUGUGGGAUAAAUUACAAAAACAAGGAAAGCCCCAAUGCUGCAACAUGAGAUGACCCAUUAAACAGAAGAAAAUCAAUAGACAAUUUUCACUUACAAUGUGGGUAAAUUUGAGAAAGGAAAACAGAGACACAAAUUUUGCGGUCAUGGUAAAAAUCUCUGUAUAUAUAUGGGGAGAAUUGCUUACCCCACUUUUGAAAAGAAAUCAAUUAAUCAGUUUGGCCA